AUGUUACUCUGCACCAUCGGCUCCGGUGUCAACAUGCUUUUUUCGCUGCGCAACCCUAGCGUUACAAUCACCACUUAUGUUGUUCAGCUUAUAGCGUACCCAAUCGGCCUAGGCUGGGAUCUGGUCAUGCCUGAUAAGGAGCAAAAUGUGUUCGGUAUCAAGUUCAACCUCAAGCCCGGCCGUUUCAAUUACAAGGAGCACGUCAUUAUUGUUGCCAUGUCUAAUGCGGCAUACGGCGGCGGCGUCUUGUAUGCGACGGACGUUUUGCUUGCUCAACAACUGUUCUAUAAGCAACACUUCGGUUGGGCUUUCCAGUUGCUCUUCGGCAUCACCACCCUGUGUACCGGAUACGGUCUUGCCGGUCUGGCCCGGCGAUUCCUCGUUUGGCCUUCCGCCAUGAUCUGGCCGUCGAACUUGGUCAACUGCGCUUUGUUCUACACCCUUCACGACCACUCCGGCUCCGACCCCUCCAAAACUAAUGGAUGGAAAAUCGGUCGUUAUCGCUGGUUCCUCAUCGUCAGCAGCGGUGCCUUCGUGUGGUAUUGGUUUCCGGGCUGGAUUUUCCAGGGCCUUUCUUACUUUACUUGGAUCUGCUGGGUUGCGCCUCAGAACGAGAUCGUCAACAAAGUCUUUGGUGGCCUUUCAGGUUACGGUCUCAUGCCCAUUUCCUUCGACUGGACCGUCAUCUCGGGUUUCUUGGCUUCACCAUUGAUCCCGCCGUUCCAUGCCAUCGCCAACGUGAUUGCGGGCAUCCUCAUCUUCUUCGUCAUGGUCUCCUCGGGCAUUCACUUCUCCGGCACUUGGUACUCCAACUACUUCCCUGUCCAGAGCUCCGAAUCAUUCGACAACACUGGAGCUGUAUACAACGUCACUCGAAUCCUCGACGCCAACUUCCAAUUCAACGAAACAGCCUACAAGGCAUACUCCCCGCUUUACCUGCCUACGCAAUUCGCCCUGGCUUACGCCCUGUCCUUUGCCGCUGUGACUGCUGUGAUUGUCCACGUCGUUCUUUACCACGGAACUGAGAUCUGGGGUCAGUUCAAGUUGGCACGUCACCAGGAGGAUGACGUCCACAUGCGCUUGAUGAAGAAGUACCGCGACGCGGAGGAUUGGUGGUAUCUUGCCCUCUUCGUUGUCAUGGUCAGCAUGUCGUUUGGUGUCGUUGCUGGUUGGCCAACUGGCUUUCCUGCAUGGGCAUACGUUGUUUGCAUCCUCAUCCCCGUUUUCUGGCUUAUUCCUAUUGGCAUUGUGCAAGCCAUUACCAACAUUCAACUUGGCCUUAACGUUCUCACCGAGUUCAUCAUUGGAUACAUGGUUCCUGGCCGUCCCCUUGCCAUGAUGAUGUUCAAGAACUACGGUUACAUCUGCAUGUCCCAGGCGCUAUACUUUGCACAGGAUCUGAAGCUCGGACACUACAUGAAAGUCCCUCCACGCACCAUGUUCGCGUCACAACUUGUUGCCUCGGUUUGGUCCGCCAUUGUUCAGAUUGCCGUGAUGAACUGGGCUUUGGGCGCCAUUCCCGACGUCUGCACACCGAAUCAGCCAAGCAACUACACCUGCCCUGGUGGUCGUGUCUUCUUCACGGCAUCUAUCAUUUGGGGCGCCAUUGGACCCGCCCGUAUCUUCUCAGGCGGUGCUCUGUACUCAUCCCUCCAGUGGUUCUGGCUUGUUGGUGCUGUCACUCCCGUCAUCACCUGGUUCCUCGCCCGCAGGUGGCCCAAGAGCAUCUGGCGCUAUGUCAAUACGCCCCUCCUUUAUGGUGGCUCAGGCUGGCUACCCCCCGCUAGUGUCUAUAUCUACCUCUGCUGGGCCACGGUUGGCACCUUCUUCAACUACUUCAUUAAGCGCCGAUACACGGGCUGGUGGUUGCAAUACAACUACAUCACCUCCGCAGCCCUUGACUGUGGUUUGAUUGUAGCUACGCUGAUCAUCUUCUUCACGCUGUACCUGACGUCGGCUAAACCGCCUCAGUGGUGGGGCAACGUCGAGGUCUUCCAGACGAUGGACUGGAAGGGCACCGCGAUCAAGACACACGUUCCAGCUGGCGAGACCAUUGGGCCAAGCGUUUGGCCGUGA